AUGCCCGAGGGAAAACAGUCGCCGCCUCCGGAGCGCCAGACCGGCAAACAGCUGCACGAUCCUCCCGCCAAGGGGACUGGACUAGAGCAAGUCGAUGACAAGGGCGACAAGAUGAAGGCCGAGCUAGAGAAUCUGCCAUCCAACCCCAAGGCACCGAUGGAUGAGCAUCUUGAAGAAAAGUUCUCAAAGGAAACGGGGAACCCGGUUGGCGCACGUAUUCAGAAAUGA